CAGCCCGAGGGGAGCCCCCAGGAUGCGGCUGAAGCCCGGCGCGCUCCUGCGCUUCUACAGCCUCUGCGGGAUCCUCAUACAAGUGGCUGCUACAAAGAGCAGAGGUAGAGGCAGCCAAGGACAGUUUCCACUUACACAGAAUGUCACCGUUGUGGAAGGAGGAACAGCUAAUUUGACCUGCAGGGUCGAUCAAAAUGAUAACACCUCCCUCCAGUGGUCAAAUCCAGCUCAACAGACGUUGUACUUUGAUGACAAGAAAGCUCUGAGGGACAACAGAAUUGAGCUGGUUCGAGCUUCGUGGCAUGAACUGAGCAUCAGCGUCAGUGAUGUGUCUCUGUCGGACGAAGGGCAGUACACCUGCUCUUUAUUUACUAUGCCUGUCAAAACUUCCAAGGCUUUCCUUACCGUUCUCGGUGUUCCUGAGAAACCACAAAUUACUGGAUUUACUUCACCAGUUAUGGAGGGAGAGAGGAUGCAGAUAACAUGCAAGACUUCUGGUAGUAAACCAGCAGCUGAUAUCAGAUGGUUCAAAAACGACAAAGAAGUUAAAGAUGUUAAAUAUUUAAAAGAAGAAGAUGCAAAUCGUAAAACAUUCACAGUCAGCAGCACGCUUGAUUUCCUAGUGGAUCGCAGUGAUGAUGGUGCAGUUUUAAGCUGCAGAGUAGACCAUGAGUCCCUAAACUCUACACCUCAGAUAGCAAUGCAGGUUCUAGAAAUACACUAUACACCUUUAGUUAAAAUCAUUUCUUCCAAUUCAUGGCCUGAAGAAGGACAAUCUAUAGUUUUGACUUGUGAAUCCAAAGGAAAACCAGUGCCAGAACCAGUCCUGUGGACGAAGGAUGGUGGAGAGCUACCGGAUCCGGAAAGAAUGGUUGUCAAUGGCAGGGUCCUAAGCAUCAGCUUCCUUAACAAAACGGACAAUGGCACGUAUCGAUGCGAAGCAAAAAAUCCUAUUGGCCGAAACAGCACAGAAUAUGUCCUGAUAGUACAUGAUGUUUUCAACACUUUGCUUCCCACUACUGUCAUCCCCUCCCUUACCACUGCAACAGUCACAACCAAUGUAGCCUUAACAGCCAGCAAAACCACAUCGGCAACAGCCAUCAGCACCAGAGAUCCGAAUGCUUUUGCUGGAAAGACCGGUCCUGAUCACGCUCUUAUAGGAGGAAUAGUGGCUGUAGUGGUCUUUGUAACACUAUGUUCUAUAAUUCUGCUUGGUCGAUACCUGGCAAGACAUAAAGGAACUUAUUUAACAAAUGAAGCAAAAGGAGCUGAAGAUGCACCGGAUGCCGACACAGCCAUUAUCAAUGCAGAAGGCAGUCAAGUCAAUGCAGAGGAGAAAAAGGAGUAUUUCAUUUAGAUGCAGAGCUAGAGUCUUGGAGUUUUACUAUCAGGCUGACUGCUGGAGAAAACUGGCUAUCAUUUUUCAGAAUUCAUUUCUGCCAUCUUCUGCUAUCUUUAUUAACUCACAUUCCUGCUAUAAGUAGCCAGUUUAUGCCAACAAUCAGCUGUUGACAAUAUCAUUCUAUAAUUACAGUAUCAUGCAUAAUGCAGGACAUUUCUUAUUGCCUAAAUUCAUAUCCACUGCUCUCUUAACAUACAGUGCUUGAAUAUACAGCCUUAACAAUGUUAAUCAUUAUCGUAAUCCAAGUUUUCUACAUUUUUAAACGUGUGCAGCUUUCUUCCUCUUCUGUUUUCUUUUGUCAUGCUCCAUAUCAGUAUGUCAUAGAGUAUUCAUAAUAAAUGCUGUUAGGUAAGGACUUAAUUUACUUACAUAAAAAAAAAGAAGUCUAAGAUUAGAGGUUUACAAAGAAUGUUUUAUACAUGUCUAAUAAUUCAAAAAGCRACUUGUUUUGAGACAUAUGCCCUAGGAAAACAUAACUGGAAGUUUUGUAGUAUAGUUUCUUGUAUGCUUGAGCUUGUUGGAAAAGAAGUAUCAGUCCGCUUUUAUUUUAUUUUAUUUUAUUUUGUUUUGUU